AGCGAUUUUAUUUAUAUUUUUUUAGAUUUAUUAUUUGUAACUUGUAACUUUGUAUUUUGCAUUUUUUUUUUGUAUUUGUCGUUUCAAAUGUGAUAUAAUUUGUUAAGUAUUUAUUAUAAAAACGCGCGCCGAGGAAAAGCCCCAUAAAAAACGAGGAUUGCGACUGAACACAACAAUAAAGGCAAAAAAGAGAGCACGAACAGGAGCUGCAAAAGAGAAUCAACAAAUAACGGAAAAGCAGAGGCAGCAAAAAGAAAGGAAAACAAAACACAGAAGCAAUAUCAACCACCAAAAAAUUGGCAAAUGCUUUAUUUAAAACAAAGCGAUAAGAUAAAAUAUAAUUCUUAACAAUUGUACAAAGGCACUACCCAGAAGAAUCAACAAAUUGCAAAUAAAAAAAAGUCAAAUCGGACAAUCUUCAAUGAAACAUUUGGAGAAAGCACCUUCCAGCGGCCAAAAAAAACCAAGGAUCAGCAGAUGAAUUUAAACAAAGAUCUCCAGAAAAUUUUAAACACAUCACAAAAGAUCAGAAAAUAAAACCCAACCCAAAACUUAUUCAAAAAAUUUCCACAAAACAGCUACUGAAAAAAGUGCAGACGAAAAAGAUUGAAAAGAUUUCAAGUUUAGCAUAAAUACUGCCUCCCAGAAGAAGAGAUAGUGAGUGAUAACACCACGAAAGGCUUCAAAAUCGGCGAGCUAAAGGCGAUACCCGCGUAUCUCCUUGCGAUACGUCAGCCGCAGGCCUUGAACCCGGACCCCGAAUCCGAGAUGGUGUACUCCACGAACAUCCUGCUGGCGAUCGUGACGAUCCUGACGGGCAUCUUCAUCUGGUCCCGCCGCACCUACGUCUACUGGCAGCGCCGCCGGGUGAAGUUCGUCCAGCCCACCCACCUGUUGGGCAACCUGACCCGCGUCCUCCGCCUGGAGGAGUCCUUCGCCCUCCAGCUGCGCCGCUUCUACUUCGACGAGCGCUUCCGCAACGAGCCCGUCGUGGGCAUCUACCUGUUCCACCAGCCCGCGCUCCUCAUCCGCGACCUGCAGCUGGUGCGGACCGUGCUCGUCGAGGACUUCGUCAGCUUCUCGAACCGCUUCGCCAAGUGCGACGGGCGCAGCGAUAAGAUGGGCGCCCUAUCGCUCUUCUUGGCCAAGCAGCCCGAGUGGCGCGAGAUCCGCACCCGCUUAGCGCCCGCCUUCGCCGGCGCCAAGCUGAAGCAGAUGUUCUCGCUGAUGGAGGAGAUCGGCUGCGACCUGGACUGGUAUCUGAAGCGCCUGACCCGAGACCUGCGACGCGGCGACGCCGAGCGCGGGGCCGUGGUGAGCAUCAAGGAUGUGUGCGACCUCUACAACACGGACAUGAUAGCCAGCAUAGCCUUCGGCCUGAGGUCCUACAGCCUGAGGAACACGCAAUCGGAGAUCGGGUCACACUGUCAGGACCUGUUCCGGCCGAACGUCCGUCGAAUAAUCGACUUGUUUGUGAUCUUCUACCUGCCCAAACUGGUGCCGCUGCUGCGGCCCAAGCUUUUCACGGAGCCGCACGCGGAGUUCCUGCGCCGGGUCAUCCAGCUGGUGAUCGAGGAGCGGGAGCGCGGCGGCGAUCUGCGCAACGAUCUCAUCGAGAUGCUGCUGACGCUCAAGAAGGAGGCGGACCUGCAGCAGGACAAGUCGCACUUCACGCACCACCGCGACUUCCUGGCCGCCCAGGCGGCCUCCUUUGAGGUCGCCGGCAUCGAGACCUGCUCGUCGAGCAUGUCCUUCGCCCUCUACGAGCUGGCCAAGCAGCCGCUGAUGCAGUCCCGCCUGCGCCGCGAGAUCCGCGAGGCCUUCGCCGACGACCCCAACGGCAAGCUCACCUUCGAGGCCAUCUCCCGGAUGCAGUUCCUCGACAUGGUCGUCGAGGAGACGCUGCGCAAGUACCCGAUCGUGCCGCUCCUGGAGCGCGAGUGCACGCCGAUCAACAAGAAGCGCUUCUACUCGCUGCGGCCCCACGCCGAGUGCUACGCCCGCCGCGGGAUGCCCGUGUUCAUAUCCAACCUGGCCAUACACCACGAUCCCAAGUACUGGCCGGACCCGGAGCGCUUCGACCCGGAGCGAUUCAGCGCGGCGAACAAGGUGCUGCAGGCGCCCAUGUCCUACCUGCCCUUCGGGGCCGGGCCGCACAACUGCAUCGGGAUGCAGAUCGGGCUGCUGCAGAUCAAGCUGGGCCUCGCCUACUUCCUGCACCGCCACCGCGUCGAGAUCUGCGACCGCACCGUGGAGCGCAUCCAGUUCGACGCCAAGUUCGCGCUGCUGGCCAGCGAACACCGCAUUUACCUCAAGGUCGACCGCUUAUAGCCGCCGGCCGUGCGCCCAUCCGCCCAUCCGACACCAGCAGCAUUAUUUUACGGGGCUCCUGGGGCGGGAGCAGGCCCCAUCGCCAUCUCCUUGUAAAUACUUCGGCCUGCCUCAAAUAAACUUUGCUACGAUCUUUUUCUAAACGCCAA